UCUGUUCGAGUCGCCGUAGAGCUUCUGCUCGCCUACUUUACUUUGUUUUUCCCUGUAAAGCGCCGCGGUUUUAUUUUCAGAAUGAAAACCGAGGCAACGUAAACAAAGUCGUGGGCCACUGCAGCCCAUUACUAAUCUUCAUUAUUUAAAGGUUUCUUACCCUUCCAGAUGGCGGAGAAGAACGCCGACCCACUGAGUUACUUUGCCGCAUAUGGUAGCGGAUCGGAUUCCGACAGCAGUGAGCCCGAUGACAACGCAACGGAGAGUGGAGCCGCAAGCAAAUCGAACUUGGUGCUCGGAAAAAGGCCUGCUCCGGGAACCAGCUCGGCGCUGCCCAGACCCGACGAGCUCUUCAAAUCCGUCUCCAAACCAGCCUUCUUAUAUAACCCCUUAAACAAGCAAAUAGACUGGGAAAGCCGCACGGUAAAGGCACCAGAAGAACCAGCAAGGGAGUUUAAAGCAUGGAAGAAUAAUGCUGUCCCUCCUCCUGAGAUGUAUGUUACGCAACCAAAAAAGACUGCACCUCCAGGGAUGGAUAUGGCAAUAAAAUGGUCCAACAUCUAUGAGGAUAAUGGUGAUGAUGCCCCACAAAAUGCUGCAAACUAUGCCCGUAUUCUCCCUGAAGAUGAAGAGACUGCUAUAUCCGAUGAUGAAAGGGAAGAACCACCUUCUAUCAAAAAACAAAAAAUGAACAAUCUUACCAAAAAAGAAAAGAAAAAUUUUAGUGAAGACUAGACAAGACCAGCAAAGUAGACUAUGAAGGUGGACUGAAUUUUCUUCAACAUUAAUUUGUGGAAUUUAAGAGCUAAAGGACUUUCAACAACAGCAUCACCCAAUGACCUGAAACUAAAGUAUAUUUGUAAUUUUA